UCAGUGCGUUUCGCGAUUUUUAUGAUACACUCUUUGUUAUGUGUUUUUUCUUUAAACCUGAUAUUGGCCGAUUCAACCACAGAAAAAGAAUAUUAGCCAUAACCAUAAAAGUUGAAGUUCAAAUGUCAAUGUCAUUUAGUUUCGCACAGUGAUAAAUUCCAGUGACAUGCAAUUAUUGUAAUGGCAAAAUAUUUGUAAGAAACUGCAAACAAAUGCAAAUGUGCAGUCGAUGUGUGGAAUGCGACAACAUUAUACUCGAUAAUUUCAAUUAUUGCGAGUGUUGUGGCUUAGAAACAAUUCGGCAGAUAAGAAUAAACAAGGCUCGGGCACUAUCAAACCUUUUUCCUAAAAAGCAAAAAGUUGCUUCUGCUGCAUCACAAGAUUUAUUUGAUGACUUUCAGGUUGAUAACCAAGAGUUGACGCUAAUCGAGGAUUCAUUGAUGAUUGAUGAUGCUUCUUCGGAUAACAAGAAAAAACAGCUACUGUCAGUCAGCAGUGAUGAUGCUUCUUCGAACAACAAGGAAAAACAGCUGCUGUCAGUCAGCAGUGAUUUUAUUUCUUUAGAAGAAGAAGAGAAAGAAAACAUAUCAAAUGGCGGACAGACCCCCGAAAAAACGUAAAUAUUCAAGCAGGUUUAGUACAGAAUAUCAGCCCCCCAGGACUAACUAUUUACAUUAAGCACUUUCAAAUAACACCAUUCAAGUAUCAGUACAUUCAGUUGGUUCUAUGAUUUAUGAAUGUGUUCAAUGUCAAGCACUUCAUUUUUUAGGUGAAAAAAUUAAAAAUC